GCAGCAUUAUGUAAAACUAUGGAGGUACGACACGGUUGUGGUCGCCUGUAAGUGAACUUCACUAUUUUAGAGCAUGGAUUACAUAAGUUUGAUUUGAUUUUGAGCAGUUUUUUCAUCGACAGGAACAUCAACUUCAUUUGCAAUAAAGUUGUCUUCCACUGAGUUGAUUUCUUUGAUUUUCCAGACGCCAUAAAAGGCAUAAACGAUGCCUUCGAACGCGGUCGAAUUUUUCUUGGGCGGGAUCGCAACGUGCGGAGCGGGUCUGUUUACCAACCCGCUAGAAGUGGUCAAAACACGCAUGCAGUUGCAGGGUGAAUUGAAGGCUCGCGGGACGUACCACCGCCAUUAUCGGAACGUUUUCCAUGCAUUUUAUACGAUUGCUCGUGUAGAUGGACUGCUAUCUCUGCAGAAAGGACUCGUCCCUGCUCUCUGGUAUCAACUUUUUAUGAAUGGAGCAAGGUUAGGGACAUACCAAUGCCUUGUAAAUAUGGGGCUAACAAAGAAUUCGAAAGGGGAGUUGAGCUAUCCGAGAGCUGUGGCUGCCGGGGCGUUUGCCGGAUGUUGUGGAGCUUUUGUUGGUAGUCCUUUUUAUCUUGUAAAAACACAUCUUCAAGCUCAGUCUCAUGAGGCCAUUGCAGUCGGCCAUCAGCAUACCCACCACGGCAUGACACAUGGACUGCGUCUUAUAUACACCGAUCGAGGGUUCUUUGGGUUAUGGAGGGGCGUGUCAGCAGCCAUCGCUAGGGUGACAGUAGGAUCAGCGGCCCAGCUCUCGACGUUCAGUGCAACCAAAGAAUUGGUUAGAGAUAGCAAGUUUUUCCGAGAUGGCAGCAUCCUCAUACCGAUCACCUCCAGUAUGAUCAGUGGUGUUGUCGUCGUGUGUUGCAUGACGCCUUUCGAUGUGAUAAGCACCCGUCUGUACAACCAAGGAUUGGAUGGGAAUGGGCGUGGCCUUUACUACCGAGGAUUCCUGGACUGUUUCUGGAAGGUGUUGAUGAAAGAAGGACCAUUGGGUUUUUACAAGGGCUGGUCUGCAUCGUGGUUUAGGCUAGCGCCUCACACAGUUCUUAGUCUAGUCUUUUGGGACCAGACUAGAAUGUUGUACCAGCAUUUUCAGGAGUCAUUGGAGAGCUGAUGAAUAAGGUUCGAUUUAGAUUAGAGACAUCAUAUAGUUCAAAGUCAAGGUUUAAUUAUGCUGGAAGCAGUUCACACAAAGCUUGGGAUGUAUGACUGAUUUUCACAAGUUGCUGUAUUGGUCAUUAUGUGUAGUUGUUCAUUUUUAAUCCAUCUUACAAUCGAUCACAAAUACUGUGUGACAGGGCGUAAAGGAGAACAUUUCACCAAAAGCUAUAACCAAUGUUAAAGACCCUAUCAACCAAUAAAUAUCACUUUUUUGAAUUUGUCUUUAAUUUGAUUUUAGCUGUUGGUCAAAUCACCCCUACUGCCCCAUGUUAUAAAGAGUUGUGAAGGAUUAAAAUCAGUUUCAAAUGUUGAAAGGAAAGCAAGGAAUGCUCUAAUUUGGGAGCCAAAAUGCUUAUGUAGUACCUGGUCAUUGUGGCAUGCAUGCAUAAUCCAAACCAGCAUACAUGGAAGUAUUACAUAUUGAUGCAAGAGUUUGAGCCCCGGCUCAAGUCUUGGACGAUUGGUCAAGUUGGAUUUGGAGCAUAAUAUUUAACAUACAUGUACAUAUUCUGUUGGUAAAUUGCCAAUUCGUCCACUGCCUACUCGUCCACUUACCACAUGGAUAUGGUUUACCACCUUCAUUUAGUCUAAUGCCACUCCAUCCAUCAAGACUGUGUCUAACAACCAUUUGGUCCAAUAGCUAUUUGGCCCAAUCGUCACUUCGUCUAAUCACCAUUUCGCCAAUUACCAUUUCGUCUAUUACCGUUUCGUCUAAUAACCAGUUGGUCUAAUACCCAUUUUUUCAUUUUGCACAAUGAACACUUUAGUUUAAUUAGACCAAAUAGUAUUUGGACUAAAUGGCUAUUGGACCAACAGGUCAUUUGAUGGAAUGGCAUUAGACUAAGGUGAAGAUACAUGUACUUACAUUUGUUGGACUCAUUGUUUGGUUGACAAAUAAGAUUAACCAGAAUAGCAAAUUGAGGUUUUGGGUGAAUUUCCUUGGGACCAGGAUAAAUAUUAUCCAGGUAUGAAAAGGAUCUGCUGGCUGUUUGGUAAAAGAUUUAAUGGUAGUUAUACUUUACAAAGUGCAAUAAACGUGAUUAAUCAACUUCCAAGAGUGUUCUCCAAUCUGAAUGGGGUCUUGUGAUAUCCAUUAUAGCAUUGAAUAUUAUUUUACUUAACCAGCAGAAUGCAGACCCUACAUUUCAUAUGUUGCAUUUGUUAUGGACAUCUACCACAUUAUCAAGUGUGUAUGAUAGGGUGACCUAAAGCUACGCACUGUAUUUACAGAUGAUAAGAACUAUGGCAAUCAUAAUAUUUGAACGGGUUGUCUUACCCUAAUUUGAAGACUAUUUCGGGGGCUAAUUUACCCAGCCCCCGUGUAAUUUAUUUCCCCUGGCCUGAAUACACUUGCUAAUGAGCAAUAUUUUCCAAACAAUGCAUCAUGUUUAUGUUCAAAGCCAAAACUACAUCUUGGUUGAUAUAAUUGUGUUCAUUCAUUUCAUCACUUAAUCUCAAUGAAGUCUUUUAUUAUAAUUUGAAUUUGGUGCUUUUAUGGAUAUAGUUAUUUAUCAAAUGUUCACGUACAGUACCUGUAACUUUAGGUUUUAGUUUCCUGCUUGGGAUCAUGUCUAUGUAGCCCUGUGUUAUAUUGAAAUACUAGUAUACCCUUAAGGCUUAUAUUCAAUUAGUUACCUAUUCUGAUUCAGGUCAAAUGUUAUACUUGUGACAUAAUAAAGUAGUGAAGACAAAAAAAAGAAGAUUAUAUAUUAAUAAUGAAAACAAAAAUAUUGUUGGUACGUACAAGAAGUUUUGGGAAGAUGAAUAUUGGAGAUGAAGCAUUUUUAACUUGAGAAUAGUUUUUAUCUUCAAAAUCUGGAAAUAAGCACUGAGAAGGAGCAUGUUGAAUCAUAAAACAAAUGCACAAGAUAAAGUUUAUCUUUCUGAGGGCUAUUUCAAAAUUCUGCCGACAUGCACAAAACUACACGUAAAUAAUUGGUUUUGAAAUUUUGAUGUAUUGUACAUCACUUGUGAUCAUGGACAUGUAUGUUUGUUCUUGCCAGUAUGAGAAAUAUAAUUGUUUUGUACGUUUUACAUUAUAUUGUUGUUUACAUAAUUGGAAUGGUAUUAUAUUGCUUUGGGAACUUACUGGUGUGCAUACUAUUUUAUAAGAGGAAGAGUAGUAUCUGUUUCUUGCAGGUGUUGAAAAAACCCGAUAGUAAUCAUGAUAAUAAUCCACUUUUAUAUAGUGCUUAAUAAAUCGGAACGAUGUUUCUAGGCGCUUUACAGAUAUAUUAUUACCCCGGUCAUCGGAUCCUGGCAUGCCCACAUACAACUAAUGUUUUUUCUCCACUCCCUGGGGAGCAUUUUAACAAGAGUUCCAAGACUCAGUUGCUAGGCAUACUACACAAGCUUCCACAUCCUACGGGAUACCCAUUUAACACCUGGGUGGAGAGUGGCAGAGUGUGGAUUGAUGCCUUGCCAAAGGACGCUAGGCCAUGGUGGGAUUCGAAACCACGACCCUCUGAUCACAAGGCGAGAGUAGGAACCGCUGCCCCACAACUCUUCCUGUUGAGGCACGAUCUGAUACGUCUCUGUUGAAUAAUAGUGAUAAAGAUAUGUCAUUGUCUAAAUACCUUCAUUUGAAUUGGCCGAGGGCAUGUUUCUGUAAAUUAUUGAAAUCUAUGCCUUGAAAAGUACCAAAAACUUGCAUGUACCGAGAUAGCAAACUGUCCUUAUCAUUUUGAUGAGGGGGGGGGGGGUGUCAAAGUGCCUAAAAAUGAUGGCAUGAAGGGUUUUUUUAAUACAGCACAGUUCUCUCUCUUUACUUUCUUUUUAAAAUUUCUCUUCUCUCUUUUUUAAAAAUUUUUGCUCCCAUUUAUAGAUUACUUGAAAAAACAUAGGGAGAGAGUCGCCCCUGCCCCCCCCCCCACUCCCCGUGAUGCUAUCCGAGGCAUACAAGACAUACUGUUUAUAUUAAGUUCUGGCUUUGAGUGUAUCAUGUGAUAUUCUAAAUUAUUUUGUGCGAACAAAUUGAAUUUCCAUUUGUACCCUAUUGCAAUUGGACAAUAAAAAUAUCUGAAUCUGAUUAGUAAAUUUUAGUGACAUACAUGUACAUCAAACUAAUCACAAUUCAAUCCAACUCAAAGUUCAGUUAUCACUUGUGAUCAGUUAAAGCAUGUCCUAUUGUUUGGCACGAAAUUCGGGUAAUAAUGUCACUCGGAUCAUUCUCUCAGGAAGCCAGUGCCAAAGAACAUUGAUAUUUUCCAGAAUGACAGUUAUUGUGACUUUUAGGGGCUUCGAAUUAUAUACAUGUACAUACAUGCAUUUCAUCUCGUCACGUUGCGUCAGGCGACUGCAGUGUGCAAUGUUAUUUUUUUAAGUGUAAAGAUUUGAACUCUUGUUUGCUGGAGUUGAAUUUAUUUGUAUAAGGAACUAAUUGACUUUGCAUGGUAACUGCAGUACAUGAACAGUGGUGGAUCUACGGGGGGGGGGGGGGGCGGGGUUCGGUUUGGGAGUUUACCCCCCUCCCGUGCUGCGAAGUAAAAAAAAAAGUAAUGUACAAAAAGUAAUAUACAUUUUGGAACCAACACCAAAUUACCUUCAUUUUAUAGUGAUUUUUUUUGCUUGUAAAAUUGUUAAUCAGUCCAACCCCCUCCUUGGAAAAAAGCUAGAUCCACCCGUGAUGAAUAUAGAUUACUCGUCUCAUUUGUAUUACAUAUAUGUUGCAGAUUUUUUAAUGUAACACUAGAAAUUCAAUAAUUGCAUGCAUUGCAUCUUCCUCGAAAAGUACUUGUAUACAUAUGGGGGUGGGGUCGGAUGACUAAGGACCCUCCCCCCAAAAAAAAAGAAACAACAAACAAACUUUUCACUACCAAGAAUAAAAUUU